UCCGCAAAUUUUGUCAAUAGCAAAUAGCCAACGCAGAGGUUAUCGAUUCUCAUUAUUACUCACAGAUUGUUGAAUAUUGUUAAAACAUAUGUAUGUUUUGUAGCAAAAAAGCAGAUAGUUUACAGUAACAGCCAACAUGCCGGAGGUAAUGCAAGCCAGCGAGAUAACGCUUUAUUCAAUAUUGAUUUUCCUGAUUUUGGAAAAUUUUAUCAACCUCUACCUAACCCGGCGCCAGAUCUUCGUGUACGAAACUAGCAAGGAUGUUCCGGUUGAACUGAAAGGUGUCAUGAAAAAAGAAACCUUUGAAAAGGCUCGCCUUUACGGUUUAGAUAAAGCAAAUUUCGAGGUGUUUAAACUGCUGCUAUGCGAUAUUGCCAUCGUAUCCAUAGAAUUGUACACUGGCUUCAUAGCACUAGUUUGGGCUAGAGCCGUCCAAUUAACGCUACAAUUUGGGUUGAAUGUUGAAAGUGAAAUUCAAGUAAGCAUAGUAUUCUUGGUCCUAAUCAACAUUAUUGGAACCUUUAAGGAUUUACCGUUUAAAAUUUACGCAACAUUUAUUCUGGAAGAAAAGCACGGUUUUAACAAGCAAACCCCAGGAUUUUUUGUUAAGGAUCAAAUCAAGUCGUUUCUUGUCGGACAAGUCCUAUCGAUUCCAAUUGUCAGUGCGAUUAUCUAUAUCGUUCAAAUAGGAGGAGAUUACUUCUUCGUUUGGUUAUGGGCCUUCAUGGGAGUGGUUUCGCUGCUAUUGAUUACGAUUUAUCCAGUUUAUAUUGCUCCACUGUUCGAUAAAUUCCGUCCGCUUGAAGAUGGAAACUUGAAGACUAGCAUUGAAAAACUCGCUGCGUCAUUGAAAUUCCCACUAGGAAAACUGUUCGUGGUAGAAGGUUCUAAGCGAUCUGCACACAGCAAUGCCUAUUUCACCGGUUUAUUUGGAGCCAAGCGCAUAGUUCUGUUUGAUACACUCCUGUUGAAUAAAGGACUACCGGAUGAUUCCACUCUUGCUGAAGACGAGAAAGGAAAAGGCUGCGAAGACGUGGAAGUACUGGCAGUUCUUGCUCAUGAACUUGGACACUGGAAAUUAGGCCAUAUUAAGAAGAAUAUCAUCAUCAUGCAAGUGCAAAUGUUUUUAAUUUUCAUCGCCUUUUCUCAACUAUUCAAGUACUCUCCGUUAUAUCAAGCUGUUGGAUUUCCAGAAAAUGUUCAACCUAUUCUGAUUGGCUUCCUCGUGAUUGCCAUGUAUAUUCUGGCUCCGUAUAAUACGCUCAUAUCGUUCUGUAUGACCAUUCUAUCACGCCGAUAUGAGUACCAAGCUGACGAAUUCGCUAACGAACUUGGAUACUCAAAUGAGCUGCAAAAGGCUUUGAUCAAAUUAAACAUUGAUAAUCUGGGAUUCCCGAUCUACGACUGGAUGUACUCCAGCUGGAAUCACUCCCAUCCCACUUUAUUGCAGAGACUGGAACGACUCAAAACAAUUCAGAAAAAAGAACGAUAAAAUAGCCCAUCCACUAGUAUGGUAGAGUAGAUUUCGACUAGUCGACGGUUGUGCAGCACGCGUAAUGCGCACAGGAGUAUGGACGCAUAAAUUUUUAGCUAUGGUACUAUUGAAACCUAAGUUUUCAAAUGUCAGGUUAGAUGGAUAAGAAUUUUUGUACCUUUGCGCUGAAUUUUAUGUAGUCAAUAAAAACUUUUAUCACCAUAUG